UUCUAUCGUGCAUUAUCAUUUCGCCGCUCGAAACUCCAACAGACGCCCGCGCGCUCGCUGUGUGUGUGUCCGGUGCCCGACCCCCAACACAUAAAUACAACCCGACCCGGCGUUGACAGUUGACACACAACCGCGCGCCCAGAACCAACGCUAUCCACGGAGUGUUCACCGCGCAUCGCAUUUGCGAAAAUUAUUCUUCUCGAACGAUCCGCGCGCUACGGUCGUGUACGUUUGCGUACGUUGAGCUGUUUUCGCGCAACCCGUUCGGAAGGUGCGUGUGUUUCUUGCGUUCUAGCGGCAAAAAGAGCACCUUCUGUAAAAAACGGGGUUUAGUGUGGCGUUUCGCGGGGGCCCACCGCCUGCUGUGACACUUUAAAAAGUGAGCUUAAGUUUUCCACGGAAACGCAUUUCCAGCGCGCUCUGCUGGAAGCGGGGUGACAGAGAAUAAAAACGAGUGAAAAAGAGGGGAAAAAAGUGUAACGAAAAAGUCUGUAAGCUUUUACCACCAAACAGUGGAAACAGUGGAAACAGUGGAAAAGUUUUGGUCUUCAACGUCACCUUCCGCCCCAGCUGGAUCUAACCACGAACCAGCAAUUGUGAGCCCGAACAAACCAGACUUUUAGUUUUCGGUGUUCGGAAAAAAAGACCCGCAAAAUCCCCAAUGCGAAAAGUCAUCGUCGCGCUUUUGACAGUGGGAAAAGUGUAGUGUAAAAUAAAAACAGAGGAACAGUGUCCCGGAUUUUCCUUCCCCUUUCCCAAUCUCUGUCAACACCUCGCGUGGUGGUGGCGCGGGUGGCAAAUGAAUGCUGUUAAAUAAUUUAAAUAAAAUUGGCAAAGUUUUAUCGUCGCUGCGGCGGUGCAGCACUGAAGCGUGCUUCAAACCGUGACGUAACCUCAAAAAUUAAACCCCGCCAGCAAACGGUGACAACGCCGAGAGAGCUCGCACAACUUCCAUUCCAAAAAAAGGUUGGACAAAGCAGCUAUGGCACACAAAACCACACUAAGGAGGUGUCACUGUUGGGCGUUGGUACGCACGCUGUUACUCUCGACCUUGCUGGCAGUGGUGCUGUGGCCCGCCGGUGAAGCGAAUGCCCUGCCGUACGGUGCAGCCGACAUCGAGCUAGACGAGGCAAACGAUGCCGUCUCGCUGACCGCUUGCUACGUGGAGGACCUGCGCAACAUCCGCGAACACUCGCAGAACCCGCUCGUCAUUCAGAUCAAUCACUGCUACCUGCAGGAGCUGCCGAACGCGAUCUUCAUACGCUUCACCGAUCUGCAGGUGUUGGAAAUUUGUGACAGCCGCGUAAACAACCUGCAAGACUUUGCCCUCAACGGGCUGCGCAACAUCGAGUCGCUGAACCUUUCGCGCAACAAUCUCACCACGAUCAAGUCCUGGAGCGAUCACGAUCUCGACACGCUGCAGGUGCUCGAUCUGCGCCGCAAUCUUAUCCGCUCGAUCGACGAGCUGUCCUUCCAGCGCUAUCCGGGGCUGGUGAAGCUCAGCUUGGCCGUGAACUUCAUCACCACCGUCCCGGACGGGACGUUCAAGCCGGUGGCAAAUCUGAAGAAUCUCAACCUGGGCAAGAACCUGCUAACCACCAUCGAGGAGGGUACGCUGCGCGGGCUGAACAAGCUGACGCACGUCGCGUUCCAUCACAACCGCAUCCGCACGAUCCAUCCGUUCGCGUUCGUCGGCAACGGCCAUCUGAAGGUGUUGCAGCUGCAGGGCAACCAGCUCGGAUCGUUCGAGCCGGACCUGUUCGGCAAUCUGCCGCGGCUUACCUUCCUGAACGUGAGCAGCAACGAGCUGGAGACGGUGGGGAAUUUGAGCUUCAAGAACAGUGGCGAUCUGCGCGUGCUCGAUCUCAGCUACAAUCGCAUCGGGCUGCUAGAAGACAACAGCUUCAAGGGACUUUAUGAUUUGGAGGCGCUCAACGUCAGCCACAAUCAGCUCGCAACGGUUAGCAAAUAUGUGCUGAAGGAUUGCGCUAAUCUGCGCGAUCUCGAUCUCUCCGGCAACAGGCUGGACUACGUGGGGCUGAAGCUGUCUAGCGCUACGCCACGGCUGGUGCGGCUCAACCUCUCUCGCAACGCGAUCGGUGAGAUCGAGCGGGACGUGUUUGAAGAUCUGCCGAAGCUGCACACGCUCGACCUUGCCCACAACCAGCUGACGGAUGACGCCUUCCUGUGCUCGCUGAUGAAUCUCAGCGUGCUGAACAUGAGCCAGAACGGGUUCCGCAAGAUCAAUGCCUCGCUGCUGGAGAGUCUGACGCUGGCCGAGCUGUACGAUAAUCCCUGGGACUGUCGGUUCCUGGUGCAGGAGCUGGCCCACCACAGCAGCAGUGUGAUCUAUGGCAAGAACUACCUGGUAGAGGAUACGGGCCGCAUACUGACCGCGACCGGUAUCGAGUGUACGGACGAACGGGGCAAACACCGUGACAUUGUGGUGGUUGAACCGCCGGCCAAAUCUUCCCCCGAUGAGAUGGAAUUUCAACGGUACAAAUUCUUCCACGAAGGGCACGUCGACACACGCCCCAUUCAGGACAACUUUGACACCAAAUCCACCGUCAUAUGGCUAAUGUCCGGUGCGAUCGCCGUGUUCGGUGCGUUCAAGCUGAUCCAGCUGCUGCUGCGACACUCGGAACACCAGAGCGAAAAGUGGCGCCUCGCCCAGCACGUAAGUAGCGACGAGGAUCAUGAAGCGGCGCGGCACUACUCGAGUGUCGGCAGCCCGGCCAGCCCUACCUCGCCCAACUCGGCCACCUCCGGUGGGUUUAACUUCUUCCUUACCGUGCCCCAUCAGGGUGGUAUGAGACAAUACUCACCAACGAUAAAAUAGAUAGUCAGUGUAUGGUAUGGUGUAUGUUUGUUUUGGGUGAAGCGUUUCAAUUCCACUGGAUGUGAUUGUGAUCUAGCACUGUGAGGAUCGUUGUGUAUCGUUUUAUAGAUUUUUUUUUGACUAGAACUGUAAUAUCAGUGCAUAUUAACGUGUGAUUUAUCUAAGUUGUCUGUACUUCCGUCCCACAGUUGUAAGCAUAUUGUAAUGUGUAUGUGUAAUGUUUAGUGAAGUAAAGCGGAGCUCUAAUAAAACUGAACGUAAAAACUUAA